UCUUCCAUCUCACCUCACGAGGUUUUACGUAAAACCCCUAAAACUGAACACAUAAGUGUGAGAAAAAACUUUGAGUUUUGUAAUGGCGGCGGCUAAAGAAGAAAAAAGCAGUAAACGCAAAAGAAGUGGAGAUUCUCAAAAGGAAGGAAUCAUUUCGAAGAAACCUAAUUUUGUUAAAUCCAAGUCGACGAAAACAUCUAGUGAUGAUGAUGGAUUUAAGAAGAAAACUUUUGAUAAAUCCUCAAAAGGUGGUAAGAAACCUCAAUAUGAUAACAAAUCAGAUUACGCUGAAGAACAGAAAGAACCUAAAACUAAAAGAGAAGCUCGUCUUCAAGCUAAGGAACUGGCAGAGGCAAGGAAGAAGAAGAGAAAGAGACAUUACACACUUGAACAAGAGCUCGCUUCACUAUGGGAGAAAAUGAGACGGCGAAAUAUUACAAAACAAGAUCGAUCUGCUUUGGUGAGUCAAGCGCUGCAGAAGAUGACAGGAACAAUCCCUGAAAUUGCUGGUUCCCAUGUUUCUUCUCGUGUUUUGCAGACUUGUGUUAAAUUCUGUACUGAAGCUGAAAGAGAUGCUGUCUUUGAGGAGCUCAAGCCACACCUCCUCACUCUUGCCUGCAACGUUUAUGCAGUUCAUUUGGUGAAGAAAAUGUUGGAUAGUGCUUCUAAAAUACAGUUGGAAGGAUUCAUCUCCUCUCUUCAUGGGCAUGUUGCCUCACUUCUUAGACAUAUGGUUGGAUCUGCAGUUAUUGAACAUGCAUUCCAUUUGGCUAAUGCGUCUCAGAAGCAAAGCCUAUUGGUAGAAUUGUAUUCUACUGAACUUCAGUUGUUCAAGGAUUUGGUUUCAACGAAAGAGAGCAGAUUGGUAGAUAUUAUUCCGAAGCUUGGUCUACAGAAAGCUUCAGUGCAACGGCACAUGGCCUCCGUAAUUCAACCCAUUCUGGAGAAAGGAAUUGUUGACCACUCUAUUAUACACAGUGCAUUACUGGAAUACUUCAGCGUUGCUGAUAAGACAUCUGCCGCAGAUGUGAUCCAACAGUUGUCGGGCCCGCUUCUUGUUAGGAUGAUCCAUACAAGGGCGGGAUCAAAAUUGGGGAUCCUCUGUGUCAAGCAUGGAAGUGCAAAGGAACGGAAAAAAAUCAUCAAAGGCAUGAAGAGUCACGUUGGAAAGAUAGCCUACGAUCAAUGUGGCAGUUUGGUUCUUGCCUGCAUCCUGUCCAUGGUUGACGAUACAAAGCUCAUAAACAAGAUUAUCAUUCGUGAGCUGCAAACUAUGUUAAAGGAUCUCACCUUAGAUAAGAGUGGAAGGCGUCCAUUAUUACAACUUCUUCAUCCAAAUUAUCAGCGCUAUUUAGGUCCCGAGGAUUUGGCUUCUCUAAGUCUAUCUGUUCCUUCUCUAAGCAAAAAGGAAGAGGCAGCAGAAGUGAUCUCAGAAUUGGAGAGUGGCAAAGGUAGUGAUAAUGAGAUGGAUGCCACUUCAGAUGAUCCUGAUAGCAGUAAAAGCCUAGAGGAGGACGAGCAAUUAGUUGAUGGAGGGAAAAAGGAUCCAUCUGUAAGAAGAAUCGAAUUAUUGGUGACCAGUGGCCUUGCUGAGAGUUUAAUCGACAUAUGUGUUGAUAAUGCUGGGGAAUUACUUCGAUCAAAUUUUGGAAAAGAAGUCAUAUAUGAGGUGGCUACUGGUGGGGCCGAUCGAGUCCUUCUACCAACUUUAUCGGACAAAUUGGAGACCUUGCAUAAGGCCAUAGCAGCUCUUGCUGCUCUGCCUAAAGAAGAGAAACCAGAAGAGGAGCAUGUUCUUAUAAAUUUCCAUUCCAGCAGGACUAUUAGAAAGCUUAUUUUGGAUUGCCCAAGUUUUGCCUCCAUAAUAUGGAAGACCGCCUUUAAAGGGAAAUGUGAAAUGUGGUCUCAAGGUCACAGUUCUAAGGUUGUUUGUGCUUUCUUGGAGUCGACGAACCCUGAUGUGCAAGAUCUAGCUAAACCCGAGUUGCAGCCCUUGAUAGAUUCUGGAAUCCUCAAGAUGCCGGAAAUGAAACUCACCAAGCAGUGAGAAUGAAGAGGAUAAGAGCUCUAUGAUUAGGCACAAGGGUGGAGUUUCAUAUAAAAUCUCAAGAACAGACAAGUGUAUUCACGUUCAAGGAUCUUCAACUGAAAAUUAUGGUAAAAGAAGCAAAAUUGUGUAUUAAAUGGUUGCCCAAUUUUCCAGGACGUUGGGUCUCAGAGAAAGCCAACUAUAUAUCUUUUUAGUCAGGAAUUUGAUAAUGUUAUUUAUUUACUUAUUUUCUUUCUUGUUAGUUCACUUAAACAACAUUUUUAUAUUAUCCCUUUUCAGAACGGAAUUCUAUCUAUUAUAGUUUUUUUUUUU